AUGGCUCAAGCCAACUGCACCUUGAUCGUCGCUGGACCAAGCAGCGGCGAGAACAUCCAGUCCGGGAUCGUCAGCGGAUACCAAAUGAUUCCACAAAUCUGCUCGGAUUGCGGAAGCCCGACACUCGCCAACUCGAAGCUUUAUCCAUAUUUCUUCCGUGCAUACUACAUGGGCGGCAUCACCGGAUUCAUCAAUCUCGCAAACUCCUUUGGCUGGACUCAAGUGGCUCUGGUCUACUCACUUGCAACGUUGGAGAGAACCCUCGCUGGCCAGUUCGUUGAUGCAGCAACUGCCGCUGGUCUCAAGUUGCUCUCAAUUCAAGGAUUUCAGGUUCCGGCUGCUGCUUACAACAACGGCACUUAUAUGAUGGAGAUUCUCUAUCCUCUGUACCAAGCUCUCGACAACUCUAAUGCCCGAAUAUUCUACAUGAUAGUGGAGCCGGACUUGGUCGACUGGUUUUACUACGGCGCUAUAGAAUACGGAUUUCGCGGACCAGAAUACGCGUGGUGCUCGUACCAAACCCUCGGAUACUACGGCGCAAACAACACACAAAUUGACAAUUCGUUUGGUGCCGGGGCACACAGCUACUCGAGAAGCUUCCUUAUCCCUAGCUUUGAUAUGGGAGUCAACCUCACCUCACCGAUGACUCAGUGGCUCAACGCUAGCUAUCAGGCCGAGAUCAUCGCGAGAUUUGGAGCAGCCGAAGCCCAAGAUCCAGGGUGGUACGGCGUGAGCUUGCUGCCAUACGAGCCAGCGAGGCGAACCUUCGAUGUCAUAAUGGCGAUCGUGACGACCUGGGACCGAGUAUUGAACGAGCGAGGGCUUGACGCAAGCUAUCUAGUCAACCUGACGCACCAAGGUGUUUUCACUCCGGCCGAGGUCACCAAAACCAACUUCGUGGGAACUGCUACGGCCCCUAUAACGUUCGACAGCACCGGAAGUCAAAACUUCCCCGGGAUUAUAUUGCAGAUCUACGGUUCAAAUCAACAGGCUCCGUAUUAUAACUGGACAAAAAUUGGGACCUUCAACAGCAGUGGCAUCACCUGGCUCAUGACCCCAGACUGGACGACAAGCAAUGGACUCCCACCCUUGGACCACCCACAGUAUGCCCCGGAUCUGUUCAUGUUCUGGAACGCGGAUAGCGGAACCGACAGCGUUGCCAUCAUCUUUGGCGUCCUCUAUGGCAUCCACGUCCUCGCGGCCUUUGCUUCGUUCUUCAUGGUGAUCGUCAAUCGAAACAAGUCUGAGAUUUCCCGGACCGGACUGGUCUACUACAUGGUGGUGACGUUUGGAACACUGCUCGUUGCCAUCGAGGGUCUGUUUGACCUGUCGGGAUCCUCUGUGGUGUGCGAGCUCGACGCCUGGCUUCUUGGCCUUGGAAUCACGGCUGUCUUGAGCAUGGUCAUGGUCAAGAUCGGCCGAGUGUUCCGGAUGGGACGAAACAAGAAGUUGAUGGAGCGACAGUACAAGAACGCGCACUUCCUGAUCUCGUUUGCCGUCACAUGGACGAUCCAAAUUAUCCUCCUCAUCGUCUGGGCCGCCACCCAGUCUUCAGCCAUGACAACCACCUACACCGACACCACCUACAGCUACCAGUGUGUCAACACUCUCGGCAAUCCCACGGGCAUCACUAUUGUGCUGUACAUUUACAUCGGGCUCUUGGUUUUGGGUAGCCUGGUUAUCGGAUUCUGCCGCAAACAGGUUCCUCCCGAGGAGGACAGGGAGGCCACAUAUGUGGUGAUGGCGCUGCUCAACAUGGGGCUGUGCAUGGGUCUCGAGCUAUGGCAGGUCACCAACACCAACAUGCCUGUGCGGAUGAGAUCGCUCCUCCGGCUGAUCAUCCAGUGGAUUGGCCUCUUUGCCACCCAGAACCUCCCCGUCACCCUCGACAUAUUCCGCUUUGUCUAUUUCCCGCAAACUGACGAGGACAUGUCCACUUCCUCGAUGAUGCUCUCCACCCCUCUGCACAAGAAGACCCUGGCUCGAAAACCAACCACGAGCGACGCAGAGGAUGAAAAUAACUUCAUCAACUCUGAAAUGCAAUGGCGUCGUGCAAGCAUAUUUGGACAAUGGAGCCACGUAUCUGUGCAGCUUUGCAAGCACACCGAUCCAUUCUUCAGGAUGACGGAUGAGGAUGAAUCGGCCGGCACCCACUUCUAUCUGAGCCAGAUCAAGAACGUCAAACUCGAUACCUCCGAGAAGGACAAGUUCUGGGCCACCCUCAACGGCACGCCCUAUUAUUUCCACACAGAAAGCAGCAAGAUCUCAAAGGCGUUUGUGGAGCUGCUCAAUAGCAGUGGCAGCAGCAGCAGCACAGUGGCGCUUUGAUGACCCCUUCGGCAACACAGAAACACUCAUCGAUCACGUCUCGCCGACAAUGUGGAUGCUAUUACGGGCUCGGAGAUAGGAGGGAAUUAAAAGUGUAUUAGGUCUGGAGAUUCAAGAAAAGG